AUGGAGUGGACUUAUUCUUGGCUGAUCAGCCUUAUCCUAUUAGGGCCACCUCUCAUCCUCUACUUCAUCUUCCAUGCCCGGAGGACUAGGAGACUUCAUUCUGCUCAACUCCGGCCACCAGGUCCUCCGGGAUGGCCGGUGGUAGGCAACAUAUUUGACCUUGGAGAACUACCUCAUCAAACCUUGUAUUACCUCAGGGCUAAGUUUGGACCGGUGAUUUGGCUGCAGUUGGGAUCGGUUGGAACCCUUGUAGUCAAUUCGGCGGAUUCUGCAGCCAAGCUCUUCAAGAACCACGACCUAGCUUUCUCUGACCGUAAAUGCCCGGAAGCUUUAUCAGUAGACAAUUACAAUCAUGGGUCCGUGGCCAUUGGAAACUAUAGCCCAUACUGGCGAGUAUUCAAGCGAAUUGGGGCCAUGGAAUUCAACGCGUCAAAGAGAGUGAACGAGAGUGUUGACAUCCGAAGAAAGUGCGUCGACAACAUGAUUGUUUGGAUUGAAGAAGCAGCCAAGGGAGGGACUAAUGGGGAGAUAGAGAUUGUUCAUUUUCUCUUCCUAAUGUCUUUCAAUGUGGUGGGGAAUAUAAUCUUUUCCGAGGACAUAUUAAAAUCCGAGUCUAAGGAAGGAAAGGAAUUCUUUGAUUCCAUGACUAAGUUUGUGGUUUGGGUUGGAAAACCUAACAUUUCAGAUUUUUUCCCAUUGUUGAAGAGCUUAGAUCUUCUCGGAAUAAAGAGGGGGACGAAAAAGGACUUGGGGAAUUGUUUGAAGAUUAUAGAGAAUUUUGUGAAGGAGAGACGUCAAAGAGGUUCAAGAAGAGUGAUAACGGAAAUAUUUCUAGCAGGAUCAGAAACAACGAGCAACUCCAUCGAGUGGAUAAUGUCGGAGCUACUAAACAACCCUAAUUGCAUGGCGAAGUUAAAAGAAGAACUCAAUAGAAUUGUCGGACGGGAAAGGAAGGUAGAAGAAAGUGAUAUGGAUAAACUCCCAUAUCUACAUGCAAUAGUCAAAGAAUCAUUACGAUUGCACCCUCCACUACCCUUGCUCCUCCCAAGGAAUUCAAUGGAAGACGUAAACUUCAAUGGCUACUUCAUACCAAAAGGCACACAAGUGUUAGUAAAUGCCUAUGCAAUAGGAAGAGAUCCCGAAGUGUGGGAUGACCCCUUGGAUUUCAAACCUGAGAGGUUCCUCGACAAGAAUAUAGAGCUUGCGGGUCAACAUUUCGGGGUUAUCCCUUUUGGGGCAGGUAGAAGAAUAUGUAUGGGUUUUUUCUUUGAGCCUACGAGUGCUUCAACUGGCCACCGCGACUCUUGUCCAUACAUUUGA